GGUCUUUUGGAUCCACGGAUGGCUGAAGAGUUGUAAUGUGACCCCGUACUCCUCUCAAGACCAACUCUUCAAGUGUACAUCACCGCUCUUAAAUUCACGUCAGAAUAUCGUGAACGCGAUUGUUCCGGACACUAUCAUCGACACUUAUACGCAAGAGUGCACGAGUAUUCUGCAUCAAAUAGCUACGAGGUUGAUAGAUGUGACGGAGACUAGCCCCCUAAGAGUUUGAAUUGCGGAAUCCUUCGACCACUAAACUUGUAUAGGUUAGCCAAAAUGGCAAUGCCUUCCUUCUCAUCUUAUGUUCUUUAAAAACCAUCUUCACUCAAUCAAUCAUCAUGUCUGCGUCACCUUUUUCACUGAAAAUCAUGUCGUCUCCUUCCUGGGUUUCCCGGGUUCUUCCGGCUUCAAUCUUUAUAAUACUUAGCGUAUUAUGCUUUUUCCUCAUGGACAUGAUCAGUCUGAUCGUCAAAUUCCCCUCUCCCACAGCUUCCGGAUUCAUCAAAUGGGGCAAUGGUACAUUGCCAAUCUUGGACAAGUUCCAUUGGCUUCGCCCUUUGGACCCUAUAAUCCGCGAGAUCACACCUGGCUUUGCACCUAGUAGCUUCGGCUACGACGAUGUCAGCAGGUGGCAGAUGAUGAACUUCAUCAUAUCAGAUCCCGGGAUGUUCUACGCGAUUUGGGGAUUCGAGAGUCUGAGAAAAGGGGUCAGGGACGGGCCGGCGUUCUACCCUGGAGUCUUUGGUCUCAUUGCACAGUUCGGCGGCGGAGGAGUUAUCAUCCCCAUCUAUUACUUCUCCCACCUGGCCUUCACUCCACCGAUUCGAUCCCGUCCCCUUUCUGAACGCAAAAUCGACAUAAUUGGUGCUUCAGUCUGGUCAAUUCUCAUCGUCUUGUUCCAUGUCGUCCCUGUAGUAGGAAUAAUGUUUGACACUACCCUGAAAGCGCGCCACUGGUGGACAUGGUUCUGGCAACUCUACACCGUAAGAAUCACGAUGGCGUGGUACAUCAUAAAAUCUAUUGGCAAUUUCGUCAAUGUUCCAAGGCUUCACUGCCCCAUGAGCUACCGAACGAAGACAGCACUCGUGUUGGCACCUUUCAUCGCAAUCGCAGUGGGGUUAUGGACGUAUACUAUACUGUGCUGCCCACAUUCACUUUCUACCGUUUUCUACCCACAUUCACUGACGGAAGACACAUGGGUUUUGCGUAUGAGGCGCAUCUUACAGUUCGAUCAAUUGUUCAUAUGGGGAAGCUCGGUGUUGUGGGUCGCAAUGGACAUGCGUCGCAAUCGAAUUUCCAGCGGCGUUGAGAUUCUAUUGGCGGGGGUCUUGCUGGCAUGUAUUUCGGGUACUGGAGGGAGUUUCGGGCUUGUGUGGCUCUGGAGGGAGUGUAAGCUUACGAGCAAUAUAGAGAAAGAAGUGUUCAAAGAUGAGUAGAUAUCAUACAAGCCAUAAUGAGAACCAGAGCAGGCAAAGUCGUCUUCCGGCACACAUUUGGUUUAGCUUAG